CUUACAUAUAGUAUUCGUGUUUUUGCAAUCUUGGUCUUUUGCUGCAUGCCCUAUAAUCGAUCAAUUUUAUCGACGUUGAGCUGGACAUUUAAAUGAUGAGCAUGUACCUGAUGAUGCUGUAUGUCACUGUGGAACAAGAGGUUGCUCUCAAGUCUUACUUCGGUGAGCAGGGCUGGUUCUUCAAGAAACCAGACAUGUCAGUACUUACAGAGAAUCUGGGUGGAUUUGUUCAGACCACAAUGAAAAAAGACAUAACAUGGCCAGUGGAAUCUGACCAACAUCCGAUAGAGAGAAUACUUAACCCAACAACAGGUGCUGUAGAAUACCCAGAAAUGUCAUCCGUUAAGCGUAAAGCUCAAGAGGAAAGUAUAUCAACUCUUCAAGCAGCCAAACAAAUUAAAGUUACCAAUUCUAGUUCUACUAUGACUUUUGAAGACAAUUCCCUUCAUGAUGUUACAGAAAGUUUUGUUGAUGGCCUUGUUCCAAAACUUGAACAGGAAUUAGAGGAGAUAUGCAACAAAAAUGAUAGUGUUAUGGACAAUACAGUUGACAAAGCAAGUGAUAUAAACAAUGGGUUCAGGACAGAUGUAGGAUUAAUACAAACAAUAAACAAGGAAGGAAAAAGGGUUACUGUUAAGGAAGAGCCAGAUAUUUCAGAAGAUAAUGACAAUGUUGAUGAUAAUGACAUUCAAGUUGAAGUGAUGCAAGGUGCUUCCGGUGAUACCAAUGAUGAAUUUGGACGGGCAAAGGAAAAACACACUAGCAAUAGAAAAAAGAAAGAAGGGAGACCAAAGGCUCCAUCGGAAGCGUUCUGUGUAUGCCGCUUUUGUGGGAAGCAGUUUCGUAACAAGUCCACGUUUCGCCAACACGAGGCAAGACACGCAGGGACAACCCCAUACAAGUGCGAGAUAUGUGGGAAACAGAACGUCUCAAAGACAGCUCACACACUUCACAUGCAGAGGGUUCAUAUAAAAGAGAAGAAACAUGUGUGUGAUAAAUGCGGUAAAGGCUUCACUACAGAAGUUGGUCUUAAACUUCACAAGGACAGGGAGAAUAAAGUGUAUAAAUACAAGAUAUACAAAUGUGAUCUCUGUAAAUUUGCAACUGAGAAGAAGUCAGACCUUGAUGAUCAUUCGAGCAAGCAUACAGGGGUCGGACAUCAUAUGUGCAGAAUGUGUGCAAAAACUUACCACUUCCGGGCAAGCCUGCGAGUUCACAUGACGCGUGCUCACAAAUUGGACAAAAAUAAAACUUGACUUUUAUGUUUUCCAAAUAACUGCUUAACUUCAGGGGAGAUUUGAUAUGUUGGUUGACUGUACAAUGUAUUCAUUACUGAAUAGUGAUACAAUACUGCUAUUAAAAUAUUAGCUGUCUAGUACCUUUCCACGAUCCAUCAUAGAAGUUGCCUUUACAAAAAAGGUUUAUGUGGAUAUAAAUCAUAUUUCAACGUUUUUAAAAAAGUACAUGUAUUUAUAAUCGAUAUAACAAACAUUAACACUGAAUGUUAAAGCUGCACUUUCACAGAUGAAAUGUUUUGACAACUUCUUUUAUUUUUGUCUUGGAACAGCCAAAUUUUGCGAAAAUCCAUGGAAACCUGUAAAAUAAGAUUGCUGACGUAAAAUUAGAUCGCAGAUUUUUAUAUUUCAGUUCAAAAAUUGAUCUUUUAUGCAUUUUAGCUCUACUGGCCAAACAAUUGCUUGUGGACACGAUACAGUCUGCAAUUUUGAUUGUAUCUCGAUAAUACUUGUACAGUAUUUAGAUAUCUAUUAGAGCUUGGUUCCUUUCGAAAACCAGCCAGAUCCGCCCAUGCAUGCCUAGAUUAUGGGCCUUGUAAGUUUUAAAGAAAUGCUCUUUUUAGCUAAACUAUUUUUAGCAAAGUCUGCAUGAGCGGACUGUGUAUUUUUGGCCAAGUUUACAUGUAAUGUCAAGUCUAGUUGUAAAGGGAGACAACUUUCUUUUUUGGUUCUGCAGUUGAUUUUGUGAAUUACUCUGCCUUGUUCUUGUUGAAAGGUCGAAUGCCAUUAUUUUAGCUGUAUUGGCCAAAGCGUCUGUAGUUCGCAUUUAUCUAAACAAAAUUGGUUGCGAAUAUUUGUUCAAAUUAUGCCUCCGGGGUCAUUACUGGCCACGCCCCAGGGUUCACAGGUUUGGUAUACUUAAAUUGGGAAAUGUUUGAAAAUCGUUUUGUGUGUUUGCGCAUCCAUCUAAGCACAGAGUUUGUUCAAAUUAUGCCCCUGGGGUCAUUCUGGCCACUCCCCGGGGUUUACAGGUUUGCUAUACUUAAAUUGGGAAUGUUUGAAAAUCUUUUUGUAUGAACCAGCUAUGCAGACACUUAGUAUUUCGAAUACGGCAUAAUAUAGUGGUCGGCUACCAUGGUUGUUCAAAUUAUGCCCCUGGGGUCAAAACUGGCACUGUCCCGGGGGGGUCACAAGUUUCAUAGAGACUUAUUUAAGAAAUAUUUAAAAAAAAAUCCUGUUUCAAACCACAAGGCUCAUACCUUUGAUAUUUGUUGUGGAGCAUCAUAUGAUGACUCUCAAGCAAAACAGUGCCCCAGAGUCCAAGCUGGCCCCACCCAUUUUGACCUUUUAUUUUUAUUUUUAAAGCUACAGCAAUGAUAUUUGGACCAUGUGUACAGUUUUGCAAACUAGCAUCAAUGUUGUCCUCGGAUGACCUUGAUUUUGACCUUUUGACCAACUUUAAUGCCCCCGAGGGUGGGCAUAUUAAAAUCGCACCGUCUGUCCGUGUGUCUGGCUAAAUAAAUCGUGUCCGGGCUGUAACUUUCUCUGGUAUGAACAGAUUCUAAACUAACUUGCCACAUGUGCUCGACAUACAAAGACGAUGUGUCGCGUGCAAGGCCCGUGUCCUUACCUCUAAGGUCAAGGUCACACUUAGUGUUUAUUCACAAUGGAGUGCUGCAUAUAAGGACAUAGAGUAUAGGUUGUCGUGUCCGGGCUGUAACUUUCCCUUGUAUGGACAGAUUUUAAACUAACUUGCCACAUGUGCUCGACAUACAAAGACGAUGUGUCGCGUGCAAGGCCCGUGUCCUUACCUCUAAGGUCAAGGUCACACUUAGUGUUUAUUCACAGGAAUGCUGCAUAUAAGGACAUAGAGUAUAGGUUGUUGUGUCCGGGCUGUAACUUUCCCUUGUAUGGACAGAUUUUAAACUAACUUGCCACAUGUGCUCGACAUACAAAGACGACGUGUCGCGUGCAAGGCCCGUGUCCUUACCUCUAAGGUCAAGGUCACACUUAGGUGUUUAUUCACAAUGGAAUGCUGCUUAUAAGGACAUAGAGUAUAGGUUGUCGUGUCCGGGCUGUAACUUUCUCUUGUAUGGACAGAUUUUAAACUAACUUGCCACAUGUGUUUGACAUACCAAGACGACGUGUCGCGUGCAAGACCCGUGUCCUUACCUCUAAGGUCAAGGUCACACUUAGGUGUUUAUUCACAAUGGAAUGCUGAAUAUAAGGACAUAGAGUAUAGGUUUUCGUGCCGGGCUGUAACUUUCUCUUGUAUGGACAUAUUUAAAAAUAACUUGCCACAUGUAUUUGACAUACCAAGACGACGUGUCGCAUGUAAGACCCAUGUCCCUACCUCUAAGGUUAAGGUCACACAUGUUUAUUCAAAAUGGAAUGCUGCAUAUAAGGACAUAGAGUGUAGGUUUUCGUGUCCGGGCUGUUACUUUCUAUGGUAUGGACAGAUUUUAAAAUAACUUGCCACAUGUGUUCGACAUACCAAACGACGUGUCUCGUGCAAGGCCCGUGUCCCUACCUCUAACGUCAAGGUCACACUUACAUGUUUAUUCACAAUGGAAUGCUGAAUAAAAGGACUUAAGAGUGUUGGUUGUCAAGUAUGGAUGGUAUAUUUUUAGGUUCACAGGCAAUUUAAAAUAACCUGCCAUAUGUAUUUGACACGUAACGGCAAGAUCAACCUUUCAUGUACUGACCUUGUUCAUAGGUCAAUGACACAAUCGGGGGCAUUCGUCAAAUACUGUGACAACUCUUAGUUUUUUUAAAGCUACAGAAAUGAAAUUUUGACCAUGAGAACAGUUUUGAAAGCAGUUUGUUUUUUGUCAGAUGACCUUUACUUGGCACAUAUUAAAAUACAGUCGAAACUCGUUGGCUCGAUAUCUCAUGGCUCGAUAUCCUCGUUGGCUCGAACCAAAUUAAAAGGACCGAUUUUAUUUACUCUUUGUUCAUAUAAUUUUCGAUCGGAUGGCUCGAUAUCUUGAGGGUCGAUAUUUCUCCACGCUCGAAGUCGUUUUCGCGGUCCCAAACAAGAAUUUCACACUUUGAUUUGUUUGCUUGGGUCGAUGUCAUUUUCGCGGGUUCAGUUAAGAAUCUCACACCUUGAUUUGUUUGAUUGGCUUCAUUUAGCACAAGGCGCUAAUCGAUUAAAAUUGCUUGACUGAUAUUAUAAUUAUUAUCGAAUUUAAAUGGUUUAACAGUUUGAAUAAACAUGCCAUCACUUUAAGUUCUGUCUCUUAUUGUUAUCCAUCCCUAAAUUACUAUGCAUUUUGAAAUAACUUUUAAGCUAUGUUUGUGUUACCCACUAUUUACAAUUGCAUAAAUGUAUUUUUAUUAUAAAUAAAAAAAUAAAAUGAUGU